UGCGCGCGAUGAUGCGAUCGAUGACUGAGCUAGCUGCUCGCGCUCUAGCUGAGAUGAGCUGAGUGAAAUGUUCAGCCUCUGCUAGGUCGAGGACUGUCGCAUCUUCAGUAUUCUCUGUAAAAGUAAAAGUAGCUUUAUAAACAUUUGACUGUAUACUGGAUUGAGUGGUGACAUGCCAAUUGAUUGUUACUCCAAUCCACGGAGUGAAAUGUAAAAACACGGUUGUUACAUCUACUUUCUAAACUUAUAUUUGCCGAAAGGAAGAGGCGAUUGCAACAUCGCAACCACGCCGAGACUCCUGGCUGGCAGGAUUGAUAAGGUUCGCUGGUGGUGAUGUACCGGUAUGCAGUUUAGCUGACGAAUACAAUACAACUCACCGGUUACAGACACAGAAACUGAAAUGGUAUGCUGAACUGAAGCUUGAGGCAUUGUCUAUCGCUGAUUUUUUUGAAAUGAUAUGGUGUCCCCAGGCGAUGAGAUGAUGAUGGGAGAUGGUCUAGGUACCUUGAUUGUUGAGGACCAGUCCUUCUUUAACCAACACUCUAACAUGGAAGUCAUCCUCUUCAUGCUGGCUUUCUUUGCCUAUAUGGUCCUCUAUGUGGUCUAUCAGCCAAAGAAGGAUGGGGAACAAAAAGAGAACCCAAGGAGGGUGCGCAGGACUGAGUCACGCUACCGCAGGACUAGGAUCUUUGACGUCUUGGGCCUGUCGUUGGACCAGUGCAAUAGCUUCCGUGCUUUCCUAGAUCGGUUUUCAACCUACGAGGAGGUGGCCCGGGCUAUCAAACUUGCAGGGAUUACAAGGAGUGAUAUGAUUAUCGGCGUGGACUUCAGUGCCAGUAAUGAGUGGCAGGGGCGUAAAUCUUACAAAUUUGGUCACAACUUACAUGACAUUUCAAAUGGGAAGACGUUCAAUCCUUACCAGCGGGUAUUAUCAAUCAUAGGAUCUACGUUAGAGCAGUUUGACUCGGAUCAUAUGAUCCCUGUUUAUGGUUUCGGGGACAAAAUAACGCGGGAUGAAGCCGUCUUUCCAUUCAAGGAGACGGGGCUACCCUGUGUUGGGUUCAUUGAUGUCUUAGAAAAAUACCAUAAGGUGGCAAGAACGGUAGAACUUGGAGGCCCAACAAGUUUUGAACCUAUCAUUAGGAAAGCAAUAGAAAUAGUUCAAGAUAAGCAGUCGUACCAUCUGCUCCUGAUUAUCACUGAUGGACAAAUCAAAGAUGCAGAAAGGACUGGGAAGGCUAUUGUGGAGGCUUCCAAUCAUCCAAUCAGCAUCAUUGUCAUCGGUGUCGGUGAUGGACCGUGGGAUGAGAUGGAGAACUAUGAUGAUAACCUCCCACAGAGAAAAUUUGACAAUUUUCAGUUUGUCAACUUCCAUCAGGUCUGCAGCAAGGCAAAGUACGCAGAGACUGCAUUUGCACUUCAUGCACUCAUGGAAGUACCGGACCAAUAUCAAGCAAUUUGUUCAUUAGGAUACCUGACUAAUGGAAUACCUCCACUCACAGACAACAAUGAUAAUACAAAGAAACUGAAAUAGCCUUAUAUUAAAAGUGUACUAUGUCUUUUGUACUAACUUGCUAUUAAAUUGAAGUAUUUUCCUCUCCUAAUAUUUGUGGAGACAUAUUCAUAUGUUGUUAAUUGUUAAUGUGAUCUUUCAUAUAUUUUGAAUGCAUACAUGUAUUUGCUAAAGUGGUAGAGCCUUGGCUGUAAGCGCUUUACAAUGUAUCGAGUUUCUUUUCUUAUACUUUUCCCUUUUUCCUUUUUAAUGUACCAUUAGGACUUUCAGAUGCAGCAAAGCUUGGAUAAAUCUCUCAAAUGCUUUAGUAGAAUGUGUACAUUAUUUGGACAAAUAAAGUCUAAGAAAGUUAGUGAAAUAUGUAGUGUCUUUACUUUUUAAUGCAACUUUGGACGAUGGCAUUUUUACAUCUAUUGAGGCGAUAUAUACAACCCUGUAGGAAUGUCAGAACUGGGCUUUACUAUGUGACAAUGGGCCUCUGCAUCAAUGUGAUUGAAAUUAUGGUAACAAUAAUACCCCCCAAAAUAGUGUAUCUGUACUAUGAUGUGUUAAUUGGCAAUAACUUCAUAUUAAACAUACAUUUGAAUGAAUGAAAAGAAUUAAUGUUUCUUUUACGUGCAGGUAUUGUUUUAUAAACUUCUUGCCUCAAAGUGGACUACCAAGCUUUUUUUUCUUCUUCCUGGUCUUAAAAACAAAAGAAUAGUCUGAAUUCUUACCAGGCAAUUUUAGAAUAUGGAAUCAAAUAUCAAUAUUUGCAACAUAUUUCUUUUCUCAUCUCUUGAAAUAUAAAUUACAUACUGGUAGUCGGGUUUUCAAAUGGACAUGUGAUAUCCAUCAGAGAGCACUCUUAUAAUGAAUGCCUCAUCCGUAAUCUUUCAAAAAUGACAUUUCAAAUGAAUAAUUUUGUCCUUGAUGUGUGAUGUUUUGAAAGUGCAAUGAAAAGUUUUCUUUCCUUUUGAGAUCUUCUCAAAUGAUUGGAUGAUGCCAAAUAAUGAAUAUGUAUGCAUAGAAUGUAGGUUUGAUCAUAAAUUACUAUUUUGUUUCAUUGCUUGCUGAUUUGAAGUACGGUACUUUCUUUAUUGUGUAGAUUUACCUUUAUUCAUUAUGCUGAUCGGUAUUACGUUCCAUGUAGUUUGCUUAUUUAGGGUUUGCGUUACUCUCUUCCUUACAUUUUCUCCUUUUUCUUUUACCACUUGCUUCUACUUAUCUUUGGGAUGUGUUUUUAACACAAUUCUUACACAUGAAUGUAUAUCAUGUUAGAUUCAAACCCACUACCAGGGUGACAGGUGGAUGUAUUUCUCCAAGCACAAGCAAUGUUUAUGUCUUUCAAUGAUGAUGUUCAAACUUUCCAUAUUUUGCACUAUUGUCUAAAACUCUUCUAUUUUUACUGAAUCUCUUGUGUAAUUGAAUGUUAUUGUUUAUCAUUCCAUCAUUUAAAAGGGUUUCCAAUAGUAUCGAUAUUUUGAAUAAUAAGUUCUUCUGAAAACAUUCCAUUAUGUGUAAAUAUUAGAUAGUGAGGAUAACAGAUUUAUACCCGAUAUUCUUUUUCCCCUCUAAAUAUGAGGUAGAUUGUUUUGCUCCAAGUAUGCAUGUAUACUAACAUUUACCGAGUAAUUAAAAUUUAUGUAGCCUUUUGUACAGUUUUUCAAGUCACUGCUUUUAUGAUUUUAUUAAAGCUUGAAAUUAUUUUGAAUGUAUAGAUGUAUCUUUUUGUUCUACACCUGGUUGUUCUGCAAACAAGACUUAAUGAGAAAAUACUUAUUAACUCAUUCAAUACAUUAUCAACUCAUAAUUUGAUGAUAUGAAAUAUGUCCUUUAUAAAAUAAGUUAAUUAUUUACUGAAUGGAUGAUGACAAAACAUUUCACUUGAUCUUCAUUCAAAAUAUUUAUCAGUGUUUAGUCAUAAUUGAACCUUUUUAUUAAUUGCACUAUUACUUGAAUUGAAAAAAAAAUGAUCUAAAAAAGGCAAAAGAACUAUUGUUAGACCUAAAGAAGUUCAGUUAUAUAUUGUGACUUGUGUGUGUUUUAGUUAUUUCUCAUUUUCUUUGAACCAAUUUAAGUUUUAUGAACAAAAGUAGACAUAUUUCUUUUCAAUUACAGUGUCUGUGAUAUGUAUGAAGAAACCAAUGGUUGAAGUAACACCUGCAUGCAUGGAAGUAUGCUUUUACAAUCUGCACUUUGAUAUAUUAGAUUCCUAAGAUAUAUCCAUAAAUUCAUUGACUUCUUGAUAUUUGGUGUGAUCUCCCUUGUUAACAAGGACAUUUUUCAAAUUUCCUUUAGAAAAAAAUUAGGACACUGAUGGAUUUUCAUAGAGUUACGAUUGAUUGGAUCAAUCCUCACUCUUUGGAAGACGGGACCCUGAAGUGUGAGUGGUUCAUGGAGCAGCUUCUAUAGAUCUCAAAAUGUCAAAGUUAUGAUCAUAGCAUUGGCAGCUCAUGUUACUACUUUUAAUACACAUGUUAGGCUCUGUGAAUCUACACAUUAAUCAUCUGUAGUAGCUCCAUGCUUUAAUCAUAUUAUGCACAGACAGCCUGAAUGAAACCAAGUUAAAAACCAGGAAUAAAGUGUAUACUCAUAUAUUUGUAGAGUAACAUAUAUGUGUAGAACAGCUUUGAUUCGUGAUUCCGGGAAACUAGCCACAGACCUCUGACACCAAUUUUACUCUUGUCGACUUUUUCAUCCUGUCGGGGAAUAAUUUGUAAACAUAUAUAGAUACUUUUUUUAGUAAAAAAAGUGAAAAAAAAGUUGAAUAUAAAUGUUUUGAAUACAUUAAUAACAAUGAUGAUUUGAGUUAUGCAUUAAACUAAAGGCUACUAUUUAAAAUGAU